AGACCUGGAAUCGCUAUCCUGAGCAUCAUUCAGCGAUUGCAAGUACAAUCAACAAUAUUCAUACCAACAUGGCAUUCAAAUUCGUUCUCUUCGCCACCCUGGUCGCUGCCGCCAGCGCCGGACUGAUCCCUCAGCAUGGACACAUCGGACACGCUUCGUCCCACCAAACCUUCCAGCAGCAUCAUGCCGCUCCGGUGCACCACGUGGCCGCUGUCCAUGCCGCUCCGGUUCACCACGUGGCUGCCAUCCACGCUGCUCCAGUCCAUCACACCAUCGUGAAGGAAGUCGAGCACCACGCUCCGGCCAACUACGAGUUCUCGUACGCCGUCCACGAUGAGCACACCGGAGACAUCAAGAGCCAGCACGAGACCCGCCACGGCGAUGAAGUCCAUGGCCAGUACAGUCUGGUUGAUUCCGAUGGUCACCAGCGUAUCGUUGAUUACCACGCCGAUCAUCACUCCGGAUUCAACGCCGUCGUCCGUCGUGAGCCAACCCACGUGAAGAUCGCCCAGCCAGUGCACAAGGUCAUUGCCCAGCCCGUCCAUGUUCAUGCCGCCCCAGUUGCUCAUCACUCGUACUCGCAUGCUGUCCCAGCUGUGGCUUACACUUCCCAGCAUCAUUCUGCCCCAGUUGCCCAUCAUUCGUACUCUCAUGCUGCCCCAGCUGUCGCGUACACUUCUCAGCACCAUGUUGCCCCAGUGGCCCAUGCUACCAUCUCCCAUGUUGCCCCGGUUGCCUACACCAGCGGCCAUGGACAUGGACAUCAUGCCACCAGCCACAUCAGCCAGAUCAGCCACAACAGCCAGUACUAAAUUUAAAAAAAUACCGAUGCAACGCAAUCUAGAAGAAUUCAAAUGAAAUAAACGUACAAAUUUGUUUAAGUAAAC